AAACAAACGUCAUUGGGCAUGCUCAACCGCCCGAACCAACUGAACCAAUUCAAGACCCCUAACCGUCCCGUCACACUCAGCCCGGCUCCCGUUCCUACCGCCUCCCGCCAGAUCAUAGAAGCAUAACUUUGCGAUUGCUUUUUAAAUCAAGGCAUAUUGGAAUAGGGCUUGGAUUCUGAAUUCUGAACCAUGCUUGAAUCCAGAUGAUUGGUCCCGAUCGCCGCGCAAUCCGAACGCCGACACUCUUUCAAGCAACUCGAGCAACUCGACCGGUGUAGCCCGGAGCUUGCCCGGAGCAGUUUCCGAAGGGAAAACACGGAAAGCAACGGGGUAGCUUCCCUUAGCCGGUUGCAACUUCGAAUCUCGAGAUGAACGAACCGACGAUCCCGCCGGCGGCAGCCCUCGCCGGCCUCCGACCGUCGGCACCGAUGCCCCCGACGACGACGGCGACCACGGCGACAGCCACGACGACAACGUUCUCGUCUGGCCCGAGCAGGCAAUGGUCUCACCCGCCCUCGUCCCAGCCCUCUGAAGCCCCUCCGCGACCGUCCCACUCCGGCCCGGCCAUUCCGGUGAUGCUCAACGAAGCCGCGCUCGACUCGCCCACCUUCCGCGCCACCGCCGUGCACUUCUCGGACCAGCUCGACGCCAUCGAGCGCUGGCUCGACAGCUACGCCCGCAGCACCUCCAAGCUCGUGCACGACGUGCUCGCGCUCGAGGACACGGUCGGCGCCUACCUCUCCAAGAUCUCCCCGCCCGCCAUCGCCUCGCCCGCCGACUCGCCCGUGCUCGACGCCGACUACACCCUCCCGGCCCUGCGCCGCGCCGGCGACGCCGCUCGCGACUGGUGGGGCGGCGUCCUGGCCGUCGUGCGCCGCCUCGAGCCCGCCGGCGUCGAGCCGAUCCGCGCCUUCGUCCAGGGCGACCUGCGCAACUUCCGCGAGGCCCGCCGCGCCCUCGACGCCGCCCAAAAGACCUUCGACGCCACCAUCGCCCGCUACGCCGCCCAGAGCAAGACAAAGGAGCCCAGCGCCCUGCGCGAGGACGCCUUUGCCGUCUUCGAGACCCGCCGUGCCUACCUCAAGGCGAGCCUGGAUUACUGCCAGCUGGCGCCCCAGGUGAGGGCCGGACUGGACAAGCUGCUGGUGCGGAUCUGCGCCGACGUAGGGAGGGAGAUGAGGCGGACUUCUGCCGGCGGAGGCGGCGGAGGCGCUAGCAGCGGCAGCGGCCGUCCGCAACAGGUCCCCUGGUGGGAUGAGUUGGAGAGGAUCCGGGGUUGGGCGAGGGAGAUGGAUAUGGCCGAGGGCGUGUUCAGGAGAGAGCUGCAGAUCGCGAGGCGGGACAUUGGCGAGAGCACGCUCGCCCUGUACAAGCCAUCCAGGGAGCUCGAGGACUACAGCGUCUCGACCGUGCCCUUCCUCGGCUCCAAGGGGCCCAUGAGCAUGCAGCGGAAAGACGGGGCCGCCGUCAUCUCGGAGAAGCAGGGCUGGCUGUUCCUGCGCGUGCUCUCCGGGAAGCCCGUCAGGACGACGUGGGUUCGCCGGUGGUACUACUGCCGAGACGGCAUCUUUGGCUGGCUGGUCCAGGGCCCGCAGGGCGUGCUCCAGGGCGACGAGAUCGGAGUCUUGCUCUGCAGCGCGAGGCCGGCGGUCCAGGAAGAGCGCCGGUUCUGCUUCGAGAUCAAGACCAAGACGCAAACCAUCAUGCUGCAGGCCGAGACGCAGGCCCAGCUGAUCGAGUGGCUCGAGGUGUUUGAGGUGGCCAAGAAGAAAGCUAUCGAGGCGAGCAUGGGCCGGGACCAGAGCAGCUCACGCGUAGGGGGAGCCGAUCCGGUCUUCUCUGUCACUCCCCCGUCCAUUCCGGAUUUCUCCGCCAAGACGCUCGACAACAUCGACGAGCCCCCCACGGUCGACCGGCAAUCGUCACUCCCCGUGCCCGGCCAGGACGGCGGAUUAGCGCGCGCAAGCUUCGACGCCCCUCCCCGCCGGUCCAUCACGACGCACCUCGGCCGGGAGGACGGCGAGUCCGGGCGGGAGCAUGCUGCGCGCAUCAUUCAAAAACUGGAUCUGCACCGAAAAUCGGCUUUUACGAGCUGGGCCGAUACGUCAACUUCGGGGCCGGCCGGAGGCAGCUUGAACCCGAGCGCGGCGCCGUCUCCUCAAAUCGGACAUGCCCCUCCGCUGCGUGUGCCCAGCUCCGUCGCACCCGACUACACCCCGGGAAGCCUGGCCCCCGUCACCCUGGCGAAGCCGCCCGUGACGACGAACCUGAGCAAGACCGCGAUCCUAGCAAGCGCAAACGCGGGAGCGUCGCGCGGCCUGCCGAGCGCAGCCUUGGCCAACUACUGGGGCAGCAGCCCUUACACGUCCACCAUGUACUGCGUCAGCCCUUCGCUGCCACACACCCCCAAGCCCGACAUGAGUGACCCGUUUGUGGCCACGGCCACGACCACGCCCCGGGCCCCGGCCGUCGAGAAGCCGUCCGCGUCAGCCAGCAGCCACAGGAAGACGGUGAGCGUGGAUGCGACGAUCACGGACGCGAAAGCCCGAAAAGAGGCCCCCUCGGAUACGUUUCCGCCAAACUACCCGCCCGAGCUGAGGGCGCAGUAUGCGCAGUUCAGACUCUUCUUCCCGGCGGCUCCCGUAAACGACAAGCCGGUGCUGGUGUUCAAUGCCGCCUGGUCCAGCACGUCCUCGGACGGCAAAGAAGCAGGGAUGGCGGGGAACGGGCGCAUCUUCGUCACGCCGGACCGCAUGUAUUUCUACGGCCACCAGCUGGGCCUGGUCGUGGCGUACGCCAUCCACCUCGACUGCAUCGCCGAGCUGACAUCGGCGCCGGGCCGCGACUGCGACUUUGUCUUCUUGCACCUGAACCAGGACAUGCCAGAUAUCGCAUACUCGCGCAUCACCAUCAAGGUGUUUCUGGAAGACUUCUCCCUGCUGCAGUCUCGCCUCGACCUCCUGGUCGAUAACCUCCAGGCGGCCGAGCCGAUGGACCUGUCCGAGUUGAUUGCCGCGCUGUCCGCCCUCAACAGGGAGCAGGACGACAGGCGGAGCCCCAGCGUGGAGAGCUGGGAGGAAGUGUCGUCCAACACGCCCGCCGACGACGGCACGCCGUUCGGACGGCCGGUCUCGAGACGGGCCCACGACUCGCAUGGCCGUUACCGGUCGUCGCGCGGGCUGCUGAAGAAGUCGUCGGUCCAGAAAGUCCAGUUACCCACGCAGCCGGUGGUGUACGAACCCGAGGACAUGGGCAAGAGCGUGGCCGAGCGGCAUUUCGAGAUCAGCGCCAAGUCGUGCUUCCACGUGCUGUUUGGCGACAAGAGCUUCAUCUUCCCCAAGCUCUACUUUGGGCGCGGCGCCAAGGAGAUGGCUCAGGGCCCCUGGGAGCUACAGGACCACGGCCGCAUGCGGCGGCAGUUCCGCUUCAAGGUCGAGUACGCCGACGUGCUCGGCCGCAAGAGGCCCGGCGACGUGGUCGACACGCAGACCAUCGACGUCUUCAACGACCACAUCACCUACGUCGUCACGCACGUCAAGACCCCCUGGCACCUCCCCCACUCGCACGCCUUCAAGCUCGUCACCAAGGUGGUCAUCACGCACCUGGCCAAGUCCAAGUGCAAGCUCGCCAUCUACACCAAGGUCGACUGGUCCAAGGCGCCGCCGUUCUCCAAGAACAUGGUCCAGCGCCAGGCGCUCGACGACGCGGCCAACGACGCCGAGGAGCUCGCGGACGCGGCGACCGACCAGGUGCGCAAGCUGGGCCCGCACAGCCGCACCAAGCGCGCCAUCCAGGUGUACGGCGACAUCGGGCAGCAGCAGCAGGUCGUCGUCUUCCAGCCGGACGCCACCCCCGAGGGGCAGCAGCUGCUGCUCAAGUCGGGCGGGGCGGCCGUCCGCCCGCGCACGCUGACCGACAUGAUGCUCGAGACGGGCCGCUCCUUCAUGGAGAGCGCCAUCACGAGCGUCAUGAUGUGGGCCUUUGCCGGCCUGAGGAGCAUCUUCAAGAUGGUCAGCGCGAACCGGUGGAUCCUGCUGCUGCUGGCGACCAGCGCCGCGUACAAUCUGAUGGUCAUCUCCCAGUCCGGCGCCGCGUGGUGGGUGGAGCGCAGGUCCGCGCGGUACAUGAACCGCCUCGGCGUCGGGCCCAAUCUGAUGAUGAGCAAGGCCAUCUACCUGGCCGAUCUCGACGAGGCGGCCGGCAGGACUGCUCUGCAUCGGCCGGAAGACAGCGGGAGGAGUCAGUGCUACGACACGUUCCAGUCCCUCCUCAAUGCCACCAUCAGCCUCGACGCGCCGUACCAGAGCGCCGGCCCCCUGUCCGGCUUCGGCUCGACCACCAACCAGGUGACGGCGCGCCGGCUGAGGCGGGUGCGCCAGCGCAUGGGCGCGUACCGGCACGACCUGCUCGUCGCCAUGCGCGUCGUCAACAAGAUCGAGCUCGAGAUGGUGCAGUCGGAGUGGGAGAGCUGGUUGGCCGGGGAGACGAGGCGGUGCGAGCAGGUCAAAGACUUGCUAGGGAGAUGGGAGGACGGCGGGCACAGUGGCAGCGGCAAGGAGGAGAGGGUUAAGGGCCAGGUGCCGGCGCAGAGUCUCCUCUCCGGGGCGCAGACGUGGGAGUCGGCAAGUGAUGGCGAUGAUGCCACGGGAGGGAGCGGUGAGAAGCAACAGCAGCGGCGGCUGGCGGCGCUGAGGGCGUGGUUUUCGGAAUAUUGUACGAGCUGCGCCCUGGAGGAGAGGAAGAUCUCCGAGCGGAUGGAGACGCCCUUCUGAGGUCGAUGGCAGGAAGCGGCGAGCUGGAUAGGCGAACGGACGGACGUACAAUACUUUCUGGAUGGAUAAUCCUCGUUUUAUCGGGCAUAAUAAGGUUGUAAUCAUAGGUCCCCCGGCUUGCAUCAGAGGGGAUUGUUUUGAACUCUAAAUCAAGCCAAAGCGAUUGAGUAGGGUGCUAGACAGCACCCUUAUUCACUCUAAUUACCUGUAAUUUAAUCUGACUCUGACCACAGCCACCAUAGCCCCCCCUCGAAGGGAGAGUUGACGAUCACCAACGCGUUGAUGCAAGCGAAACAACGGGAAAAUACGGUCAUGCUUCCCCUCAUCUCCUGGUCUCUGUCGACAUGUCGUAUUCGUACCACGCGGAGACUUGGUACGACAUCGAGAC